AUGGAGUCCUUUGAUGUCUCCCCGAAUGAGAAAAGCCCUGAUCUACCUCGUCUUAAGAAGCGACGGGUCGUAUCGGGCACGGCCAUCACACGCCGACCCAAAGCUGCCAUGGCGACUCAACUCGGCCCAGCCUCGUCUCCGCCGGUGCUGACGCAGUCUGGACUGACGCCCAAUCAGCCGCGGCAGAGACGUUCGUCAGUCAACCUCCCGGUCCCGGACGGUGACGCCCCGCGCGAUGCGGCCCUGCUCCAUCCCGAACCACCCAAAGAGUCAAACUGCGAGAUGGAAACGCCCACCAAGAAACCGGCGCGGAGGGCCCGGGGGAAGCCCUCGGGACCGAACAAACAGCUGGAGCCUUCGCCUCUCCGAGCAACAGCAUCGCCAGAACACAAUGUCGUUGACGGCUACGAAGCGGCGGAAGCCCGCCGGGUGCCGCUUUUUGCGCGCUCCCACACCUCGCCGGAGACGCAGGACGAAGCAGAGAGAAAGGGGCAGCGCCCGAGCGCGGCGGAGAGGAGCACGAGCGUCCCGGUCAAGCCGUCGAAGAAGCUCUCCGGGACCCAGCUUGACAGCUCCAUGGCAAAGCUGAUCAGGGACGGCCCUUCAAAAGAGAAAGAUAGUCACUUGAAGGACGGGGGCAUUUACCUUUUCGUAUUCCAACCAAGAGGAACCGGGGCGCAGCUGGUCAAGAUUGGUCGGACCGAAAGGGACGCGCAGUGUCGUCUCAAUGAGAUAACGAGAGUAUGCAAGCCCCUGAAAAGCAUCUGGCACUCCACGGCAACGGCCGAGAAUAUUCCGUUCCACGGGUUUGCCGAGAAGCUGAUACACGCAGAACUGGGAAAUUACCGAUACCGCCAGCAAUGCCUCUGCACGAUGCAACACAGGGAGUACUUCGAAGUCAGCGAGGAAAUCGCCGUCGAGGUGUUUGAGAGGUGGCGGGACUUUUGUAAGAAGAAACCAUGGGACGACGGCGGCACGAUCAAGACAGUAUGGGGCAAGAGGCUGGACGCCAGGACCGCCUUUGACGGCCCGGGGCAGGAUUUCGACCACGGCAAGUUUGGCAGGCACUGGGGCACCUACACCAUGCCGUGGCUCGUCGAGCGCGUGCUGUCCGACGCGAUCCACCAGUGGAAGAGAUGGUUCCCGAGCCGCUGGCAGGCCGCUGCCGUGGCGGAGAUGUUCACCAUCAUCUUCCUGUCGCCGGCCUCGGCCUGGGCGCAGGUCUGGAUGGCGGCCGUUGCCGCCCUGUUGCUGAUCGACACGGUGGUCCUUGCGGAUCUGCACGCGACGGCCUCUGUGGCCCAGUUCAUGGAGGGUGGCUUGCAGUCGCUGGUUCUGGUGUAUGUGUCUUGGAGAGACGGGCUCGCGGCGGACGCAAAGGGCCUGGCGCCGGAAGCCAGCUCGGGGGAGACGCCGCCGCGCCAAGGAACCGGGGGGGACGCGUGGUCCGAGACGGUGGAAGAGGACACCGCCGAUGCGAGCGACAGGGACUCGUCCGUCGACCCGGGGGAUCCCAUGGACGUCGACAGGGACAAUGGCUGUCAGGAGUCGACGGUGUGA